AUGAACCGCCAACCGCACAUACUCGUCAUCGUCCUAGUCCAAGGCGCUUUCCAGCUACCUCUCAUAUACAUCAAGCUGGCCCAAGCUCUUGAAGUGUUAGGAUAUCAUAUCCCUCACCCCACAAUCCCGAGCUUAACAGGACAGGACGACCCCGACCUUGCGACCAACAGUCUUGCCGAUUAUGCCGAUACAAUCCGGGGAGUUCUUGAGCACCUCACCAAGAAAAUGGGAAAGACCGUCGUAGUCCUGAUGCACUCAUACGGCGGCUCGGUGGGCACCGAAGCUGUGCCUCGGUCAUUGUCUCGGCUACACCGGAAGGUGCAAGGCCUUCCUAGAGGCGUCGCACACCUCAUAUACGUGGCAGGAUUCAUCACUCCCCAGGGGCAAAUUCAUUCAAGAGCGCAUUUAACGAGUUACCAAACGACGAUGUAG